CCCGAGAUACAGCUAACCCCUGGGGCUCUGACCUUCUUGACACUUAGCUCUCCAGACUGUGCCUCUCUCCACUAAAGGAAAACAUUAGGUGAGGAGAGAAGACUGCAGCUGAAACAAUGAACAUCAUCUUAGAACUCUUUGCGCUUUUGGCCAUUGUCAUUUACUCCUACUUGGAGGCCUUGGUGAAGCUCUUUAUUCCGGUGAAGAGAAAGUCUGUCAGCGGAGAGAUUGUUUUAGUCACUGGUGCCGGACAUGGAAUUGGGAGACUCACUGCCUAUGAAUUUGCCAAACACAAAAGCAAACUGGUUCUGUGGGAUAUUAAUAAGCAUGGUGUUGAAGAAACAGCUGCUGAAUGCAGAAAACUAGGGGCCACAGCUCAUGCUUUUGUGGUCGACUGCAGUAACAGAGAAGACAUUUAUAGCAUGAUAGACAAGAUAAAGAAAGAAGUUGGUCAUGUGACCAUCAUAGUGAAUAAUGCCGGGACAAUUUAUCCAGCGGAUCUUCUGAGCACCAAAGAUGAAGAAAUUAUCAAAACUUUUGAAGUCAACAUUCUAGGUCACUUCUGGAUUACUAAAGCACUCCUGCCUCCCAUGAUGCAGAGAAACCAUGGUCAUAUCAUCACCGUGGCGUCCAUCUGUGGUCAUGGAGUCAUCCCUUAUCUUAUCCCUUAUUGUUCUAGCAAAUUUGCUGCUGUUGGAUUUCACAGAGCCCUGACAACAGAACUUGCUACCCUGGGAAAAAAUGGAAUCAAGACCUCUUGUCUCUGCCCAGUUUUUGUUAAUACUGGAUUUACCAAAAACCCAAGCACAAGGUUAUGGCGUGUUUUGGAGACAGAUGAAGUUGUGAGGAAACUUAUGGAUGGAAUUUUAACUGACAAGAAAAUGAUUUUUGUUCCAUCAUAUUUGAAUCUCAGUUUGAUAUUAGAAAAAUUUCUUCCUGAACGUGCAUUGGCGGCCAUAAACCGGGUCCAAAAUAUUCAGUUUGAAGCAGUGGUUGGCAACAAACACAAAAAGAAAUGAGGACACUGGACUGAACUAGCUUUAAGAUGCUUUCCAGCUCUAAAUCUUAGGAACUUUUACAAAAAUAGAAUGAAUACUGAGUGAUUAAGCACGUAGGAUUGCUAUCUUCAUCCUUUUUAUUUUUGAGGGAAAAAAAUCUAAGGUUUCAAAAUUUUAUUACAUUUCCACUUCCUGGAACCCUUUUUAUGCUACCUUUGUCCCCUCCAUAGCACAGUGGACAAAAAUAACUUUCCUGAUAGACCUCACAAAAGGAUUAUAGAAUUAGACCUGGGAAGGAACUUUGGAGGAUAUCUAUCCUCCCUUCAUUUUACAGAUGAGGAAACUGAGUCUCAGGAAUAUUGUGUAUCUUGUCACACAGGUAGUAAGCAACUGAAGUAAGAUUUGAAUCCGAGAUAUCCAGGGCUCUUUCCACUAUACCAGCUGCCUCCCAUGGAGUUGGAUAAUGUAGGCAAAGUGGCAAGUUCAUACCUCUGAUGGGUUAUAGUUUAUAAAACUAAAUGGGGGAAGCUAGGUGGCACAAUGUCAUCUGGCCCUGGAUUCAGGAGGACCUGAGUUCAAAUCCAGCAUCAGAUACUUGACAGUUACUAGCUGUGUGACCCUGGGCAAGUCACUUAACCCUCAUUGCCCUGCCCCCCACCAAAAAAAAAAAAGAAAAAAAAAAGAAUGAGAAGACUAAAUGAUCUCCCAGGUCACUUCUAGCUCAAUUAGAUCUAUGAUCCUGUUAUCAAGUAUUGCAGUCUUAAAUGAACAGACAAAUAGACCAUGAAAGGCACUGCUCUUAGUUAAGCUUUGCAGUUAGAAGAUUUAGCUUUUUACUCUGAUGUCCCCUUUCUCAAGUUGGGUAGCUUUUAUCUUCUCCCUCCCACACAAUUCAGCUGAAAUUGGAAUACCUUACUUUACCCUCUCUGUGACAUUUUAAUAUCCCAGAUCUCUGUCCUACACCCCAAAGUCACCCUGCCUCUACCAUUUUCCUUUCCUUCUAUUUCCAAAAAUCCCUUGAUCCCAGAAAAGGGGAUGGAAAAAAUCAAUCUUAAAAGUCUCAUUUAAUUUUGAAGUCUAACCCUUAUAUGGCUUCUCUAUCUAGACAGCCAAGGACACUUCCUACUAUUCCCAGGGAUAGUUAGCCACAACAAAGAUUUGAAAAUGAAAACUGACCCAGGAAAAUGAAUCAGAAUUCUUGAGAUUCUUAUAGUAUGUCUGGGAAGUGUUGCCUUGAUAGAAUUAAAAAAAACUCCAAAAAAACCAAUUUAUAAACCAUAGUACAAUAUAUGUCUUAGCCAAACAUUUGUUCCUAAUUACUUUGUUUCAAAUCAGUUAUGUUUUUGUGAGCAAUUAGGUGAUCUAGUGGAUACAGUGUCAGCCUAAAGUCAGACUCAUAUUUCUAAAUUCAAAUCUGGCCUCAGGCACUUACUGUGGUCAUAGUCAAGUCAAUUCACCCUAUUUGCCUUGGUUUCCUUAUCUAUAAAAUGAGGUGGAGAAGGAAAUGACAAGCUACUCCAGUAUUUUUGCCAAGAAAAUCUCAAAUGGGGUCACAAAGAGUCAGACGCAACUGAAUAACACCGAAUGUUUUUGUUCCAAGUAUCUAUUACAUACCUUUAGAUUAAAUAUAUAUAUAUACACAC